AGUCCCGUUAGACACAGUAGAAGAAGCUGAGAGAAUCCUUUAUUUUAGAGGGCGCUGGGCUGUGAGAGCAUCAGAUACUGAGGCAGCAAAAGUGAAAGAGGUGGCAGUAGCUGACUGAAACUAGAGAGGGAACCGAAAGGAAAAUAAAACGGUUGGCAUCUUUUUAAGUCUUAAAGAAGAACAAUAUAAGAAGAUAACUAAAGAAGAAACAUAGUGAAGUAACAAAGAGAGCAAGCUAGGGGGAUACAAAAGACGACCAAACAAGGAGAAGGAGCGAGAGGAACGGAAAGGUGGGGAACAGCCCGACUGGAGAAAAGUUGUUUGAUAGCAAACAGUAGCAUUGUCACUGGGUGUGAGGGGCUGUGUCACGGGAAGCAGCAGCAUGUCUCUGUCUGUGCCACAUAAUGGAGUGCAAGAGGACAAAGACAACAUCAUUGAACUCUUUGUUAAGGCUGGAAUUGAUGGUGAAAGCAUUGGAAACUGUCCUUUCUCUCAAAGACUCUUUAUGAUCUUGUGGCUAAAGGGUGUCGUAUUUAAUGUAACAACUGUUGACUUAAAAAGAAAACCAGCAGAUUUGCAAAACCUGGCUCCAGGAACGCACCCGCCUUUUAUAACGUACAACCAUGAAGUGAAAACAGACGUUAAUAAAAUAGAAGAGUUCUUGGAAGAAGUUUUAUGUCCUCCAAAAUACCGAAAGCUAGCAGCACAGCACCCUGAGUCUAACACAGCUGGCAUGGACAUAUUCGCAAAAUUCUCAACUUACAUCAAGAAUUCUCGACCAGAUACCAACGAAGCUCUAGAACGAGGCCUUCUUAAGACCCUCCAGAAGCUUGAUGACUAUCUGAAUUCUCCCCUACCCGAUGAGAUUGAUGAGAACAGCAUGGAGGACAUCACUUCUUCUAACCGCAAAUUCUUAGAUGGAGAUGAAAUGACUUUAGCUGACUGCAACUUGCUGCCAAAACUUCACAUUGUAAAGGUGGUGACCAAAAAAUAUCGUGGUUUUGAUCUUCCCAAAACCAUGACAGGAAUCUGGCGAUAUCUGAGCAAUGCUUACAGCAGGGAUGAAUUUACCAACACGUGUCCAGGAGAUCGCGAGAUUGAGUUAGCCUACGCGGAUGUAGCCAAGAGACUCACCAAGUGAACUGUGUCCUAUACCAAGAAAAAGCCUUUAUUCCCACUUAGCAUCUGAAAAGAAGACACUUGGGAAAAAAAACUCUCAACCUCACAGCCAAACCUCAACUAUGUUUUAAUAUUCUUUUUCACUCUGUCUCAUUCAGCGACUGAGCUCAUCACAGAAGGAGACUGAUAUUUAGCCCAUAAAGGUUGAUGGGUUAUUAAACAAUACUAAGUGCAGUUUUAAGGCUGUAGUAUAUUUUGUAAACAAGUUGCUUUAUGACAUAUGUAAUGGAUUUAAUACAGUUACAUGCAGCUUUUAAUAGACAGUAUAAGAACCCUUUAGUACACUACAACACCACUGCAUGGAUAUCCCCUAUAAAAUAUUGAAAUCCUUCAUUUUUAAAAGGUUAAGUGGCUUAUUUAUUCUGACAAUGUUCAAUAUUUUAUUACUAAACCUCCAUUUAUGCUGUACCCUGUAUUGUUUGUUGAAAAGAAACGUGUUUAUGUUUGCGUUAAGGCGGCAGAGUACUGUGUGUGUACUCUUUACUGGCACAGUAAUUAUAGAUGCUAAUAAUAAUGCGUGUUGUACUGGUAUGACAGAAACACACAUAUGCCAUUUUUGGCAAAAUGCAGUGAGAUUAGACGGUUUAUAGGCUCAUACAGUGUACAGUUAUUGGAAGGAUUUUUAUGUUUUAUUUUAUUUUUAUAAAGGACUGCUCUAUUAAAUCCCUGGAGGAUUGUGUCAGAAGAUACAUUUCACUUAUUAAUUUCUUUCAUAAUUACAAUAGAGCAUACUAUUUUAAACAACUUUCUAAUUUGUGUCUAAUCAAAUUUGCUUAAUUUUCUUGGUAUCCUUUGUUGAAGGAGCAGUAAUGCAUUACUGGGAGAUGUCUAAAGUAAUAAAAUUCCCUUGACAGUGCAAACUAGCAAUUUUGCAUACACACAUCCUCAAAUUCUUAUUUCCACCUCUCUCAUAAACAAUUAGGUAACUCGGUAACAGGUCAUGAGUCCACAUACAAGUAUAGUACAUCCCAUGAUAUCACAGUCGAGGUCACGGGUUCAGCAACGUUUACACCAGCCUUCUUAGUUGCCGGCCGCUAAUAGUCCAUGAAUGAAUUCUGUUAUUGACGGUUCUUUGCCCAAUCUCUAAUCACUGGGUACACAUGCACCCGAUACAUUUAGGAUUUAGCAGGCAAAUAUGCAAAUAAGCAAAAGCUGGGUAAUGGUAUUUCAUACCUCUUAGGCUUCAGAGCCCUUGCUCCUUAUCCAUCCAACUCCAUAUUUGCUUAGGCUGCUUCCUUGUACCGCCGUUUACGUGCCUUUCUAUGUGUCUGUUCCACCUGUGUUCACAUGCGAUCCUCGUGGCCCACGCUGAUGAUGUCACCACUAUUCCCAGGACCUCCUGUCAUGUAUCCCUGUUACCUGUCCCUAUUCGGUGGGGAUAAUCGGAGGGGUUGUGUCCCUCACUUCAGCUGUGCUCACUCCUUCUAUCAAUAAGUUAUAAGGGGAAGAUUCCAUGAGAGCACAGUGGGUUAAAAAUAAAACAUAACUUUGGCAUAAAACAAGUUAGUAUAUGCGACAAAUGGGAAAUCUCUGGCCAUCAGCAUAGCCCACUGUGCUCCUUAUGGAAUCUUCUUUCUUAUUACUGGGAGAUAGCUGAGCACAUCCGGUUAGCCAAUGGCAAGUGGCAUAUAUGUGCAGCCAAUAAUCAACUACCUCUCAGUAGUGCAUUGCUGCUUCUGAACCUACCUAGGUAUGCUUUUCAACAAAGGAUACCAAGUGAACUGAGCAAAAUAUAUCAUAGAAAUAAAUUGGAAAGCUGCAUGCUCUAUCUGAAUAAACUUUUCUAUGUAUAAAGCAUCUCCUCAACCUGUUUCUAUAACCUCUUAAUUUAGCAUUAUAUAAUUCUCUUAUUUCUUAAAUAAAUCAUCCCCAUAAUUGCUUUUAUUUGUGCUCAUUUCCCAAAAGUAAAUAAGUUACUAGGUUAUUUUAGGGUUUAUUAAUGAUCCAUGUACUGUACAUGUCAAUUAAAUGGACAUUGUACACUGAAAUGAGUAAAAAAAACAAAAUUGAAAACCGCCUUACCAUUUGGUUUUGCCAAUCAAUCUGAUGUAUUUAUUUGUAAUGAGACCUCAUAAGAUUUACACUUUUAAUUGAAAUUACACUCCUAGUUCAUUGUAAACCAUCAUCAUGAUUUUUUUGAUGUGGCGUAAUCAGAUCGCUCCAUUUACUGGCAACAAGGUAAGAUCCACUUUAGCACAGAUAUGAGUGUGAGCUCCAGGGCAGUAUUAGGCAGGCAUAUUUGAUUGGCUAUUAGGCAUGUAACAGUAUUAGGCAGGCAUAUUUGAUUGGCUAUUAGGCAUGUAACACUUUUAUUCAGUGUCUCUUCUGCCAGAUGGUCUUAUUGCAGGAUGUUAUUUAAUUAGGCUGACCAUAUUGCCGCUUUAAGAAGGAACACAUAUGAAAAAUACAUAUGUGAGGGUUCUUAUACAAAACCAUUUCUUUAAACAGCCUUGACAUAUGUAUUUUUCAUAUGUGUCCCUUUUUAAAGCGGCAAUAUGGUCAGCCUAUAUUUAAUAUUAUUGUUAGUUUACAUGCAUUCUUAUUUUUUGUCAUGGGCUAUACUGCCAGUUUUUGCUGUCACUUAAAGGGACUGACAACCCAAAAUAUUUAUUUCAUAAUUUAGACAUAACAUGUUAUUUUAAACAACUUUCUAAUUUACUCCUAUUUUCUUACUUGCUUCAUUCUCUUGGAAUCCUUAUUAGAAGAUGAUAUCUAGGUAGGCUCAAAAGCAGCAAUGCAUUACUGUGAGCUAGCUGCUGAUUGGCGGCUGCACAAAAAUGCCUCUUUUAAUUGGUUCAUCAGAUGUGUACAGUUUGCUCCCAGUAGUGCAUAUCUGCUCCUUCAACAAAGGAUACCAAGCGAAUGAAGCUAAUUUGAUAAUAGAAACAAAAAAAAAGUUGUUUAAAUUUGCAUGCUCUAUUUUAAUCAUGAAAUAAAAAUGUUGGGUUUUAUGUCCCUUUAAGUACAAUGGGGCCUAUUUAUUAAUGUGCGAGCGGACAUGAUACAAAGUAGCGUAUCAUGUUCGCUGCACAUCGAUAAAUACCGACAGCAUUUAUCAUUGCACCAGCAGUUCUUGUGAACUACUGGUGCAAUGCCACCCCCUGCAGAUUUGCGGCCAAUUGACCGCUAGCUGGGGGUGUCAAUUAACCCGAUCUUAUUCGAUCGGGUUGAUUUCUGUCCAUGGCCUCAGAGCAGGCGGACAAGUUAUGGAGCAGUGGUCUUUAGACCGCUGCUUCAUAACUUCUGUUUCCGGCGAGCCUGAAGGCUCGCGCGGAAACAGAGGCAUCAAGCGCCAUUCGGAGCUUGAUAAUUCAGCCCCAAUGUCCCUUUUAUGAGGGAAAUACUAGGUAUUUAAUAAAGCAUAACUUUCUGAAUCUCCCCCCACUGUUUUCCAUUAUCCUUUACCUGUAACUCAUCAUUUAGCUCUUCACCCUGUCUACCAGUGAGGCCUAGAUCAAUAAUAGUUCUGUUACAUCUUCAGUACAACCCCAAGCACACAGCACAUGAGUAUCCGUACCACAAAACCAUCUCUCAUUGGCUGUUUUUUCUUACGUGUAACAUACUACAGAAACAAACACGUUUAUAAAAAUAAGUGGUUUUGCCAUUGAUGUCUAGAGAGAUGCUUUCUGAUCGUUGCUAUGCUUCCUAAGGCAAAAGACAGUUGUAUACAUCUAAAAUCAAAUUCAUCAAAUAUUUUGUCUUUUGUACAUUAUUUGCUGACUAACACAAAAACAUUAUAUUGUUGUUGUUUUUUACUUAGAUUAUCAGAACAAUAAGGAAACAAUCUCACUGCCUUACUGUCUGUCUGCCUUUCUAUCUGUCUAUCCAUAACAUUACAUUUUUGCUUAAAGGGACAGUAAAGUCAAAAUUUGAACUUUCAUGUUUCAGAGAGCAUGCGAUUUUAAACAACUUUCCAAUUUACUUCUAGUAUCAAAUUUGCUUUGUUCUCUUGAUAUUCUUUGUUGUAGUCUUUAGCAGCAGUGUUAAGCAAAAUUGAUACUAGAAAUAAAUUGGAAAGUUUUUUAAAAUUGUAAACUCUAUCUAAUCAAUUUUAGUUUAAUUUUGACUUUACUGUCCCUUUAAGGUUAUAGUCUCUCUGUGUUAAAAAAAUGCUGAUAAAUUAUACAGCAUAUCACACAGCAUACACAACACGCAAGAAAAACUAAUUUAUUAACUAAAUAACACCACAUAAAUGAUGCCUUAUACAUUUUCUAUUUGCAGUAAAACACCAAAGAGUUUUUUAACAGUAUCAGUCAUGGGAAAUAUUUGCUAGACCUCUCAUCUACAUUCAGUGUGAAAGUCACUUCCAUGCUUUGUAUUAUGAAACAUGCAACAGUAUCUUGAUUAUCUUGUUAAAUUGCAAUUUUGUUUUCUUGCCUUUUAUGUUUGACUGUUUAUUAAAAGACUUUAAACUAAUUUGUGGAGAAACAUAAAAAUAUAAAGUGUUUUUUUUACAAUUAGACUACAUCUCUUCAAAUAAAGAUUUUCCUAAAAUCAUUUUUUUCUAACACCAAGGUAUUUAAAGGGGCACAUAUUUACCUGUGUUUGAGCAAGGAUGAAUUCAUGACACAAAGACUUAACACUACUUACUGCUUGUUUAGCACAGUGAACAACUCCUUGUGAUAAUUCUACAGCAAAACAUGACUACAGAUAUCAGGGCUUUCUUUUGAGGCAGAAAUAAAUAUUUAAAGGGACAGGAAAUGCAAAAUGUAUCUUUCAAGAAUCAGUCAGAGCAUAGAAUUUAAAAAUAAGAGCUUUACAAUUUACUUCUAUGAUCAAAUUUGCAUUCACAUGGUUUUCUUUGUUGAAGAGAAUGCCUAGGUAGGUUGUGUGUGUUUGAAGCAUUACAAAUCACAUUGUUAAAAGUAUUCUUGCAAAACUGCUCCCAUAUAUUGUCCAAAAUGAGUGCACUCUCCUGAGCCUACUUAACUGCUUCUCAUCAAAGGAUACCAAGAGAAUGAAGUACAUUUGGCAAUAGAAGUAAAUUGUACAUUGUAUCUCAAUAAUGAAUGAAGACAUUUUUUGAAUUUAAUGUCUCUAUAAACUGACUUAUAAAAUACCAAACUCAUGCUAGGCGUUCAACCAUUUGAUAAAUGUUUAUGUUUACCUUUUACAGUUUUAAAAAAGUAUCGUUUGUUUAACAUUUGUUAUUGUUAUAAUGCAAGCUGACGACCAUACAUUAUUUUUUCCAGAAAAGAAAAAUCUGCUUUUAUCAAUAGUACAUUUUCCAGCAAAACUGAAACCUUUAUAACUGUAUAUCACUAUAUUAAUUAUCUCUAAACUCCAUAUCAGUUUUAACCACAUUAAUCUGCUUUACAGUGCUAAAUGCUGUACCCAUGGUUUACAGUAAAAUUAGUUGUUUUAUCUUUACCUGAAAAAUGAUUUUGAACAUUAAGCUUUCUUUAUUUAUUGGAACAUUGCCCGCAUAUUUUAGAUUGGCUAUUAUUUAUACAGGAAUUUGCUUCUCUUACAUCUAUGACUGUAAUCGCAGCAAUUUAUAUAUUUUUUGUACUAUAACAAUACAUUUGUUUCACGAUUUUAAAAGUAGGAAUAGAAUGCAGCAGAUUAACCAAAUAUUGUUUUUCUACAAUUGUAUUUUAUACUGAAGCGAGAAUAUUAUGUAUGAUUUGACUUUAUUGCUAUCUUGUAAUUCAGUUUAAAACCAUUAAUCACUAUUUAUCUGGUGUGUAAAGUAUAAAAGACAUCCAUAGCCCAAUAACUUUAUAUAUGUAUGUAUGCUAUGUGCAUUACACAAACGUCAUUGGCUGCCAUUUUGUACUGCCUUAGAUAUCAAAACUAUCCUUAAUUAUAGAUAAAAAUAGUCUUUUCAUACAAUAUAUUUGUAUUGAUAUCAGGUAAAAAGUGUUAGAAUACAAAUACAGCUGAACUCCAUAGGCUGCUCAAAAACGGGUAAGAUAAAAAAUAAUCAGUUAACAGUAAUUUGCAUUGCAGUGUGUCCUGAUGGAUUAAUUGCUGCAAAUGGGACUUGUGUUUUACAAAAUGGCUGUCCAAAAGUAAAUACUAUAAGUUAUUUUGUUGUUGCUUUGUUUUUUUAAACAUACCCUGAUAUUGAUGGUCUGCUUUAUUAACAAAUAAAGUGAUUUUAUCAUAAAUAA